AUGGGUCAAGGCGAAAGUGUGCCGAUUCCAGGCGGUGGAACCGAAGGAUAUCACGUUCUUCGGGUUCAAGACAACUCGCCUGGACAGUUUGCUGGCUUGGAACCAUUUUUCGACUACAUCGUCAGCAUUGGGAACACCAGAUUGGAUAAAGACAAUGACACGAUGAAAGAAAUCUUGAAGCAACACAUUGAGAAACCGCUUGAGCUCACUAUUUACAACAGCAAGACGCAAACGGUUCGACAAACUAGCAUCACUCCAUCGAAUAUGUGGGGAGGACAGGGAUUGCUCGGCGUUUCGAUUAGAUUCUGUUCUUUUGAUGGUGCUUCUCAACAUGUAUGGCAUGUUCUGACAGUCCAACCGAAUUCUCCUGCUUCAAUUGCUGGACUCAUCUCACAAACGGAUUACAUACUUGGGUCCGAAUCGGUGCUAAACCAUGCAGAUGACUUAAUCUCUUUGGUUCAAGUUCAUGCUAAUGAAUGCAAGCCACUAAAGCUUUACGUCUACAAUGUAGAUGCAGAUGUCGUAAGAGAGGUGACUUUAACACCGAAUUCUGCAUGGGGAGGCGAAGGCUCUCUUGGUUGCGACAUUGGUUAUGGUUACUUGCAUAGAAUUCCUAUCUCCACUGAAAGACCAGCUCGUAAACUUCCACCCAUGCCAGCACAAUAUGCUCAACAAGCACCGACUGCUCCUAUUCCACCACCAGCUGCUGGAUUUACAGGGAUUCCACAGAUUGAUCAAGUUAUGCCUAAUCCAAAUUUGCCGUCAUUUCCAGAUCCAUCUAAAUUUGCUGCUAAUAUUCCUCAGUCUUACGCAAGUUCACAACAACAGAUGCCUGUGCCGGUCUCUACUAAUGCAAUUUAUACUGCUCCAGUUCUCGGAUAUCCUGUUGAUCAACUUGCUCAACAAGUACAAAAGAUUCAAUUUUCUGGACAUUCAACACCAGUGCCACCACAAGUAGAGGCACCAUGCAAUGGGCACAACGGCCAUAGUCACGAUGAUAAUUCGGGUCAUGGACACUCGCACGAUCAGGGUGGCCAUGGGCAUUCGCAUGAUCAUAGCGGACAUGGACAUUCGCACGAUGACGGAGGGCAUGGCCAUAGUCACGAUCAUGGAUAUCAACAUACGCCUUCGCCAACACCACAAGUUCAAGCUUAUGCACCUCCACCUACUCAAGCCUUUGCUCCCGCUCCAUACAACGUGAACACACAAGCAAGUUAUCCGGGUCAAAGUUACACACCUCAGCCUCCAACAACGUAUGCACCUCCGACAUAUUAUCAGCCACCAGCUCACACUCAACCAGGCUAUAACACCGUGCCUUCUGCUAUGCCGGCUAUGUUUUCUGCCCCACCAGCUCCAACUCAAUUUGCGCCUCCGCCACCAAUUUCGUUCCCGAUGCCUUCGCUUUCGUCGAUUGGAAUCAGCAACCUUGCCGCGCCGCCACAAAGUGCUUACCCUCCACCUACGCAACCAGGUAUGAUGCCACCUCCACCUCAAGCAGAAUACUAUCAA